CAUAAAAACAGCCAUUGCCUCUUUUAUUUUGAAAGCCAUGGUAGAAUAUAGCCGUGUCUAUGAGCGGUGUGCUUUUAAUUUGAAAUGUCGCCGGAAGUCCUGUUAUUGACGGCAGCUAGCUUGCAUGCUCGCACCCCUCCCGUCUCCUCUGUCGCCAUCAGGUCCUCCUCCAGCCUCUUUAAACUGACUUCACCGCCGAACCAACGACAUUUUCGGGGUCUGGUCUUCACCUCUCCGUGCUCACACUCCGUUAUCUCUCCCUGCGCUUCGGAGGAUAUUUCUUUUUUUUUUUCUGUCGGAGCGCCUGGGACCGGAGCCGAGCACAGAAGGAGCUGUGUUUCAGGCUACUUCAGUGGGCGGAUAAAGCGGAGGAGGGCAUCCGGGCCUGGCAGCUCCGGGGAGUCGGCUUGAAACGGCGGUAGUCACCAUUUUCAGGCCGUGAAUUGCCCUGCUAUGGAGAAAAUGAAGAGGAUUAAGAAGCGUCUGUCGUUAACCCUCCGCCCCAGUCAGACCAUCGACGAGUCCCUGUCUGAACUGGCCGAGCAGAUGACCAUCGAGGACGGCGGAACCAAGGACAAUGAGCCCUUCAUGAGGAACGGCCGUCCUCCCACCUCCCACAGCAUGCACUCCUUCCUGCACCAGUACACCGGCUCCUUCAAGAAGCCGCCCCUGCGCCGGCCGCACAGUGUCAUCGGCGGCACCCUGGGGUCCUUCAUGGCCAUGCCGCGCAACGGCAGCCGCCUGGACAUUGUACAUGAGAACCUGAAGAUGGGUUCCGACGGGGAGAGCGACCAGGCGUCGGGGACGUCUUCGGACGAGGUUCAGUCUCCGACCGGCGUCUGUUUGAGGAACAGGGUCCACCGACGGAUCUCCAUGGAGGACCUCAACAAGCGCCUGUCGCUGCCUGCCGACAUCCGAAUCCCAGACGGUUACCUGGAGAAGCUGCAGCUCAGCAGCCCGCCCUUCGACCAGCCGCUCAGUCGGCGCUCCCGCCGAGCCUCGCUGUCCGAGAUUGGUUUUGGGAAGUUGGAGACGUACAUAAAGCUGGACAAACUGGGAGAGGGAACGUACGCCACAGUGUUCAAAGGACGAAGUAAGCUGACAGAUAACCUGGUGGCGCUGAAGGAGAUUCGCCUGGAGCACGAGGAAGGGGCCCCUUGCACUGCCAUUAGAGAAGUGUCGUUACUGAAGGACCUGAAACACGCCAACAUCGUGACGUUACACGACAUCGUCCACACUGACAAGAGCCUCACACUCGUCUUUGAGUACCUGGAUAAAGAUCUGAAGCAGUACAUGGACGACUGUGGAAACAUAAUGAGCAUGCAUAAUGUGAAGAUUUUCCUGUUCCAGAUUUUGCGAGGGCUGUCGUAUUGUCAUAAGAGGAAAGUUCUCCACAGGGACCUGAAGCCACAGAACCUCCUCAUUAAUGAGAAAGGAGAACUCAAAUUGGCUGAUUUUGGUCUGGCCAGGGCCAAGUCUGUCCCGACUAAAACCUAUUCCAACGAGGUGGUGACUCUUUGGUACCGGCCUCCAGAUGUCCUCCUGGGGUCCUCGGAGUACUCAACACAGAUUGACAUGUGGGGCGUCGGCUGCAUAUUCUACGAGAUGGCCGCGGGUCGGCCUCUGUUCCCGGGCUCCACCGUGGAGGACGAGCUCCACCUCAUCUUCAGGAUGCUGGGCACGCCCACGGAGGAGAACUGGCCGGGAAUCACGUCCAUCGAGGAAUUCAAAUCGUACAACUUCCCCAAAUACAAGCCACAGCCGCUGAUCAACCACGCCCCGAGGCUGGACAGUGAAGGCAUCGAGCUGCUGCUGUCUUUCCUCAGAUACGAGUCCAAGAAGAGGAUCUCGGCCGAAGAGGCCAUGAAACAUUCCUACUUCAGACAGCUGGGGAUGAGAGUCUACACACUGCCAGAGAGCGUAUCGAUAUUCACGUUAAAAGAGCUGCAGCUGCAGAGAGACCCCGGCUACAGGAACUCCUCGUUCCCAGAGUCAGGUAACGGCAAGAUCAACAGGAGGCAGAGCAUGCUCUUCUAGCGCUUCACGGAGAGGACGGUCGACGGGCCGACGCUCCUUAUCAUCAUUUCCCAGCAACCUCUUGCAUGAGCCCACCUCAUCUUGCAGUGACGACCCCCCACCCCACCCCUUCACCCGCAUGCUCACACACACACACACACACACACACACACACACACACACACACACACACACACACACACACAAACAUGCACACACACACACACCUCUGAGCGUGUGACUCUGAGUUGAAUCCAUUUGGAGACUGUGUUUAUUUAUUGGGGUGGAGGGGGUGGGCAGGUGAGGUUGAAUUUUUUUGCUGCUAAACUACUACUGUCUGUAUUUAACACACCAUGUGUGUAUGUGUGUGUGUGUGUGUGUGUGUGUGCACAUUACGUGAACUCGAGACGCCACGCACAGUCGAGCAGUCAGUGAGGUUGUCCUUCUUCUGACCAUGAUCCUCCGGCUUCUUUUGAGUUAGAGUUCAGCAGAUGUUGGUGUCGAAGCUGUGAUCCAAGUUCUCGUUCUUGUUCUUGUGCUUGGAGUCAGAAAGCUUCGGGUUCCUUCACAAAUUUUUUUUUUGUUUGUUUUCUUCGAGCUUCCGGGACCGAAUUCUGCAACAUUUCCAAGUUUUAAAAAGACUGGAACACUAGAUGUUGUUGGUCGGGGGGGCGGAAUAAAGGUUUCCUCUGGAUCUCGCGUCGACGUUUUUCCGCAACAUUUCGGAUGAGCUGUUCUGUUCAGGAGGCCCGCUGUCCUCUGGGGCUACACUAAAAGUCAGAAGGCGUGGUUGUGAGCGGACUGAAAGCUGAAGGGUUAAAGAAGCACACGCAGAGCCCAGUCGCGACGCGAGAACUUCCAACUUUUUGGUUCUUUUUUGACGAUUCUGGCUCAGCGGCAGGACCAAAACUCACCGGGGUGGGGCGAACAGUUGGGAAGACUCCCGGAAAGCACGGAUGAAAGACGAGGUGUACUGGAGCUCAAGAGGAAGUCAUGUGACGUCCCACAGGAAGCCUUCCUCAAAACCCCUCACAAAACUGCCAGGACUUCAGUGCUUUUUUUUAAAAAAAAAAAAAAAAAAGAAAGAUGCAAGCUACACCUUCUCGUUCUCGUGUGCAUUUGGAGAUCUCACUGCAGUAACUCUUGGUUUUCUCUUGGCACUCCAGUGUGUGCGCUUUUCUUUUUCUUUGAAAUCAGGGACACGGGCCUCGACGUGGCCGGGUUUAACCAACAGUAUUAAGAUAUGUUCUCUGUGUCUGUGAUCUUUGAUCUCUCCUUGUGAAACAGCGGUGUCGUUGUGGCAUGUUUUUCGGAGGUGUGGAGGGAGGGCGGAAUAGCAGGGGAUGGGGGUUAAGCAAAAUGGUUGUUUUUCCACUUGCCGUCGGACCACUGCUCUCUUCAGCAUUUGUACAAAACAAAAAAAAGAGAGAGAUUUCAAAUUGAAAUUUUAGAUUUAACUGCCCGCUGUGUUGUUGUCGCAACUGACGGUGAUGCUACAGAUGAUGAAGCCUGUUGAGAAUCUCACUUUUGAAGACGUGUACUGAAGCAAAUGGAAAAUCUCCCUGAAUCGCUGGUGGGCUUUGCACUCCUGGCUUUAUUUAGUCGCAUAUUUAUUUGUCUCAUUUCUAUGGACCAACUUAACUGUAGUCACAUGCACAAAUCAUUACCAGCUAAAUAUGUUUUCAUUGCUUCAAAGGAAUAGUUUGACGUUAUGGUCCGUAUGCUAAGCAUUUCGCUUCGCUUAGCUUAGCUUAAGCAUGGCUUACUCAAGCAAAUAAAUAAAUAAAUAAAAUGUGCCCUCCAGUACUAGUAAAACAAACUUCUUGACGUAUUUUAUAAUAUUUGUUUGAUUACUUUAGUGUAAAUGCAAGAUUUUGUUAGCUACAAGCUGGGCUAAUUGUCAGCUAAUUCUUAGCUAGGUGCUGCCUAGCUAAGACCAACCAACUGUAAAACCAACUACUUGUUGGUUUUACACUUUGAUUUUAGUGCAAAUUUAACUAACAAGGUGCUAUUUGCUAUGCUAUGUUAGUUAUUGUCCUUUCACAAUGCUGGAAUCGAAAUUGUUUAUCCUAGGUUAGGUUGUUUCCAGUUUCCAGAUUUAAUGCUAAGUAUAGCUAACCAGCUAAAUGUUCAGUUUAGAGGCAAAAGAAUGGCACCCAUCUCCAAACUUUUAGCAUAAUUUCUCACAAUUCCUCUGAAGGAUUAACGCUAAGCAUCACAUUUCCCUACUAUCGGGGAGCCACCACUCAAGCACCAGAAUUCAAGGAGCAAUUCCUACACUCACAGUAGCAAAAAAUAGAAGUGAGUGCAGUGCAUCGGCUCGUGCAUAAAUAACACCAGGAGUGCAUUGAAAGUCGCGGGGUGAAGAUCUGAGGGAGGUUUUUCCUGUUACUGCGGCAUGUAGACGAAAAUGACGCAUUUAUUUAAGGUGUUAAGAUUUGCCGGUGCAGCACUAGAGUCCUCUAUUUCGACACACUGAUUUUCAUAGUAAGUGCUGGAAACACUGCUAACGCUUGAUAAUUAAUAUCUGACAGCAUUAAGUGAAUAAACAUGAACACAGUUUGCAGCUACGAGGGGAAUAAUCCUGCAAAGUAUAUGUCGUUGUUUCAGAGACUGCCAGAUAUAUUCAUGUCCUUUGAAUAUGAAUUAUUUUCCGAACCGAAACAAAAGAUUAAGCUCAACCCCAACACAAUUAAGAAUGAAAUAUACUGUGAACAGUUAACGUUUAAAGUAGCCAUUAUUGAGUUUGCAGGAAAAGGUCAUUAUAUUAAUGGUGGAUAUCCUGUAUUUAGUUUACUCAAAGCCCCGAGAUUUGUUGCUGGGCAGCUUUAAAGCUUCUUCUUAUGCUUCUUUAUGUCGCAUUUAACACAUUGUAUCUACAUGUUUAUAGGCUUCACUUCAAUAGAUUGCCUUUAAUCAAACUGAAACCUGCAGGAUAUUUCACCGUAAACUGCAAACUGUUUCUGUGCUAAUCAGAUGUUUUUUUUUCUUUCUUUUUUUUUUUUUGUACAUGAACAGCAGUAACGUGGACGAAAUGAGAUUUCUAUAACGGCUAUAUAUAUUUAUCAUUGUAAAACUGUACUUUUUCAAAUGUAUGAAUGACCUAAUUUUAUGUGAACAUGUCCGAGCGUGCGUGCGUGUUAAGUGUGUGUGCCUGAUGCAUGGAAGGCCUGCUGUGUUGUGAACUCGACCUCUGAAACACUGAGCUGCCGGUGAACAGUUGGUGUGCGACUCUUUUUACUGGAACUAUUUAUUUCUCAUAACCAUUCGGAAGUAAAGUUUAAACUGUUUCAUAAA